GACGAAAUUCUUGUAAAUCAAAUUAAACGAAUACAUUUAUUUUUUCAAUAGCUAAAUUAGGUUCUAAAAAUUUAUCAUAAUUGAUUGCAUCAAAAUUCAAAAGUUUGUGUAAAGGAAAAUCCAAGAAUCUAUGAGCUGACACAAACAACUUGGUAAAAAGAUGUGUUCUACAGCUACUACUAAUGUAAUUUCAUCGUACAACAACUCUUCUAUUACAUCAUCAUCACUCAAGAAAAGGACAAAUCUUUCCGAUUAUACCAAUCCAGACCUAAUUAAUAAUCCACCGCAAAAUGGACGACCCAACCGGCGGCGAACGAAUCAAACUCAACGUCGGAGGCAAACUCUUCGAAACAACCGUCUCCACUCUCCGCUCCGGCGGGCCAGAUUCACUCCUAUCCGCCCUCUCGAACCGGCCGGCUCACGACCCCGUCUUCAUCGACCGCGACCCGGGUAUCUUCUCCACCCUCCUCUCCCUCCUCCGGUCCAACCGCCUCCCCUCCACCGCCAAACGCUUUUCCAAUCAGGAGCUAAUCGACGAGGCCAUCUACUUCGGCAUCGAGUCCCAGCUCCGGUCCGCGCUCGCCCCGACCCGGCUCAACGGCAUAGACGCCUCCGUCUUCACCACCGUCAAACCCUCAUCCGACGGCGUCGUUUCGGACUUCAACGCCAUCGAGUCUGAUGGAUCGCUGUGGGUGGCCCACGGCGGCCAGAUUACGGUCUACGAUUGGAAUCUCAGCCACACGGAAACUGUACGGACGCAUCUGGAUUUCAUCACAUCGGUCAGAAGGAUCCAUUCCGAGAUCGCCGCCGUCGGGUCCCUAAACGGGUCGGGCUUGCAUCUGUACAAUACGGCAAACGGGCGACGGGUCCACUCCGCCGAAUGGGUCGACCCGUCCGAUGUGAGGAUAUACAAGGCCCGAGUCCACGCCAUUGCCGAUUCAGACGAUUCAAUUUUCGCUUCAUACAAUUGCCACCACGGCGAGAACUGCAUAUUGAUGCUGGAUAAAUCAACGAUGAGGGUUUCGUCGGAAAUCGGUAGAAUAACAGGAAAUUCAUCGAAGAACAUGGUCCCCACGAAGCUGAAGUAUGUACCGGACAUGGGAAUUUUAAUCGGGAGUUCCGUGACAUCCGGGUCAUUCGGGUGCGCGGGUUAUAUCCGUUUGUGGGACCCGCGAACCCGGAACGUGGUUUGGGAAACGAACGAACCGGGUUCGGGCCGGAGCAGCCGGUUCGGCGAUUCGUUCGCGGAUACCGACGUGGAUGUCGAUGAGCUGUCGUUGUUCAAGAUUUGUUCGAAGUCGGGUGAUUUGGCAAUGGCGGAUUUGCGUAAAUUGAGCGACGAUCCGUGGGUGUAUUUGAAGGAGAAGAAUCCGAGUAUGAGCAAUUUGGGAGGAAACGGUGGCGGUAAUUUUGCGGUGCAUUGUUAUAGAAAGCAAGUGUUUGUUGGUAGAGAGGGUGAGUUAGAGGUGUGGUCAAGAAUCGAGGGAAACGAUGAAAACGAAGGAGUGUAUAUGUAUAGAAGAAAUUGUGUGGAUAAAUUGGAGGAUUCGGAACGAGGGGUUAUUAAGAAAAUCGAGGGGGGUGGAGAUAGGCUUUUUGUGACGAGAGAAAACGCUGAAGGGAUCGAGGUUUGGCAAAGUUCUCACAACUCGGGCGUUGUCUCGGUUUUAUGAUCGGUCGAUUGAAUUGAUUAUUUAUUCGACAUAUGUUUCUCAAUCACGAAAGAAAAUAGGUAGUCAUGCAUCGAUAGUUACGGACUUUGUUGUCGGAAACAAUAGUGCAUUGUUUGUAUAAUAUGCGUCGUCGCAAUCGACAUGGUUCUGUAUUUUAAUCGACACGGUUCUGUGUUUUGUUACCAGUUGUGUGUAAAGCUUGGAGUAAAGAAGUCCUUCUUGCAAUUGCUGGUGA